CUCCCACACUCAACCAAAGUCCGUACCCUAUUAACUCAACAUAUGUCAACGCAUCAGCCGCGCUCAUUGAAAAAUGGCUUUCUUCAGUCUUGAUCUUGCCCAGAAGGGUUUUUCCCUCUACACUCUCCCGGCAGCUCUUGCGAUGGCGAUGCUGCCCAACAUCUACGCCGCCGCCUUGUCAGGACCGCAUUACGACCUCUGCAACCCGCGAAAGCUUCAGAACAGCAUCACCGCUGACGACAAGCUGGAUAAGAUCGUAAAGGAACGUAUCCUCCGCGCCAAGGCGGCGUCCAAAAACGCCUUCGAGACGCUGGGUUUCCAUUCUGCCGCCGUCGUGGCUGCUAACGUAGCCGACGUCGAUGCUCGCACCGUCAACGUCCUUACCCUCGGCUACGUAGUCUGCCGAGCUCUGUACAACAUCAUUUACGUACGUCUGCAGGACAACCGCAACUUUGGCCCGCUGCGAAGCCUUGUGUGGAUGGCUAGUAUCGGGAUCAGCUUCAGCCUGUAUUUCAAGGCAGCUGCCCAGCUGGCGUCUUCCUAAGUUGUUGAAUGUGAGUACCGGCGGGUUUAGGCUGUCCCACCACUUGUAUGAUAAUUCUUUGGCUUUGGUGUAGUGAACAAGAGUAAAGAUU